AUGGGUGGGUCAUCCCGGGUGCUCCAGGAUAUAGACACGAGCGAUCCUGCCGAGCUGGUGAAGAAAAGUUGGGUCGCCAGCGAAAGCAAACCGCAGCGCAAGCACAAGUUGAGUGAGAUCUGUAUCCCAAAUGUCCAUGAUGCCUUCAAGGAGUUGAUGAACUUUGAUCCCGACUCACGAAUCACUACCAAAAGAGAGCGGGUCAUCGCUAAAAUCCUGGUUGAUGUUUACAUGCUUUGCAUCGUGGAUGUAGCUCUUGCCUUGUUGACGGCAGAGGCAAUCCUGCGAACUCCUUCCUCCCGAGUGGUGGUCGUCGUCUAUGCGGGUGCAGAUCACAUACGAAAGCAGGCGAAAUUCUGGAAGGCGCAUGGUUUGAGCUCGAAAGAUUUACCCGAAGAAGGUCUGGUUGGUCAAGAGGAUUAUGAGGCGCUAGAGAUGUCAGGCCAUGCGGUGUUGGAGAGGAUCCGGCAUCAGGUGCCCUGCAGCUGGGAUCCACCACAACUUCCAGGCGUGGUGCCGUUUGCAGGAAGCUUGUCAGGAACCUGGUCUCCCAAAUCCGCAUCUCAAGCCAGUUUAGAGGUGACGGCAGGGAGUAGAUCUACAUCCCCAGCCUUGCCAAGCUUUUGGCCCAUGGCUGAAGCGGGCACUGGAGGCCCGCCUUUCUUCGAGGAUGAGAGAGGAAGCGGGAGCGCUGAUCUGGAGGAAACAAGUUCAGCGCCACCUUCGCCAGGCAGCAAGACCCAUCCUCUUGCCAGGGAGACCCCACCCCUCCCGAUGAGUUUGGUGGAGGCGCAAAUGAAGCCGGCCUCCGAACAAAGUGCGUCCGCAUGUAACAGCUUGGUACCUUCACCCCGAGCUCCGCAGUUGGAAAGGAGGGCGCCGAUGUCCAACAGGAUCCUGGGUCAGAGCCCUCGGGAUCGGGCCUCCGAAGCAACGGAGCCACCGAGUUUGCCAAGUACACCACGUGUGCAGACCCGGCAUGUGGUGACCAUGUGCCUUGGUGGGGAAGAGCGCAGGGCCGCAGGCACGGCUUGUGGCUACACCGGCGUCCACGCCAGUGCCCACAGCUCCGGCUGCUCCACCUGCUGCUCCGGCUUCGUCGUCGCCCAUCCGGGCAUCGUCGCCGUGGGCGAACGAAGGAAGAAAGCAAGGGAGACUUUCGCAUGGCCAGACGCUCUCAGGCUCCGUCUUCGUUGUGUUGCGUUCAAUAUGUUGGUGCGUUGGCCAGAGGAGUGGCCCUACACAGAGGCAGACUUUGCGCGACAAGACGAAAGCACCGACACAGGGUUUUACACACAUCCACGGAUUUGUACCCAUGUGGAUGACAACUUUAUUGCUACGCUGAACAAGCACUAUGGCAAGGUGUUCCCAACAUAUCCCAAUGCAAGGAUACUGGAUCUUUGUUCAAGCUGGAUCAGUCACUACCCAACAGAGAAGACCUGGUCCCAUGUCUCAAUUACAGGUAUGAAUGAAUAUGAAUUGCAGCAGAACAAGCAGGCCGAUGACUACACAGUUCGAGACCUGAACGAGAACCCGAAGCUUCCCUACGAGGACUCGUCCUUUGACAUUGUCACCUGCACGGUGUCCUUUGACUACUUGUGCAAGCCUCUGGAGGUGAUGAAGGAGGUGGGCCGUGUCUUGAAGCCUGGUGGCAUGGUGAUCCUCUCCACCAGCAAUCGUUGCUUUCCAACAAAGGCUGUGAAUAUUUGGCUACAGACGGGGGACCUGGAGCAUGUUCUCAUCUAUGGCAGCUACAUGCAUUACUCAAGCGUCUUCGAACGUCCUGAAGCACUCGACCUCUCUGGGCCACUGUGCCGGCUCGGGUUCCAGGAUCCUGUCUAUGUCAUCCAAGCGAAGAAGAAGUCUGUGUGA